UUUGACCGACUCAGCAAGAAGGUGGAUUUUCCUUGUGUCUAAAGAGAAAAAAAUGUCCCCGUGUCUGUAGAGAUGCUUUGCAGUUCAGCCCGGCUGAAGCUGACCGAAUGAGACUAUGGGCUGUGCCUCUGCGAAGCAUGUUGCCACUGUUCAAAAUGAAGAGGAAGCCCAGAAAGGGAAGAACUACCAGAAUGGAGACGUGUUUGGUGAUGAGUAUAGGAUCAAACCGGUGGAAGAGGUCAAAUACAUGAAAAAUGGGGCAGAAGAGGAGCAAAAAAUAGCAGCCAGGAACCAAGAAAACUUGGAAAAAAGUGCCAGUUCAAAUGUAAGACUUAAAACUAAUAAAGAGAUUCCGGGAUUAGUUCAUCAACCUAGAGCAAAGUAAGUUCUAGUUCCUAUUUUC